AUGGCGGCGGGCGCGGGCCCGCGCGAGCUGUGCCUCAUGGACCGACACCUCAGGAGCUUAUUAGAGGUAUCUUUCAGUUCAAGCCUUCAUACUAUCAAUCUGCACUGUAAUCAGAUAUCGAAGAUUGAAAGCCUGGAUCAUGUAUGGAAUUUACAGCAUCUAGAUCUGUCGUCUAAUCAGAUAAAACAGAUUGAAGGACUGAGUAGCCUGACGAACCUACGGACGUUAAAUUUGUCUUGUAACUUGAUUACAAAAGUAGAAGGACUUGAAAAACUAUUUAAUCUAACUAGACUGAAUUUAUCCUUUAAUCGCAUACAUGAUCUUCAUGGAUUUCUUGACCUUCGUGGGACCAAUCAUAAAAUUAGUCACAUUGACUUGCAUGGCAACUGCCUUGACAGCAUAAAUCAUUUAGUGCAAUGUGUGAUAGGAUUACAUUCUUUGACUAAUCUUACAUUAGAGAAAAAUGGAAAAAAUAAUCCACUCUGUGAUAUACCAGGAUACAGGGGGAUCAUUCUUCAGACUUUGCGCCAACUAACAGUCCUAGAUGAAAUGGAUAUAUUUGGUGAGCCGAUAAAUUUGUUGGAAGGAAAUUCUAAAGAUCUACAAUGUUUGGAAGACCUUCUGGAUUAUUUAGUUUCUUCCGAUUCUCAGUUACCUGAAGAAGAGUACGAUGUGAAGUGUCCCCCGAUGACUCCACACGUGGACCACGUGCCAAAACGCCAACAGCCUGCAAAUGCGCCAGCAAGUGGUAGUCUUUGCUCUCCACCUGCGACCCACCUUCCCGCUUCUGAGCCACAGAGGGGAAAACUUGAUGAAAAUGAUACGAACUGUGAGAUGCGAAUAAAGAAAUUAGAAGAUCAGAUAUCACAGUUACUUAAGACAACCAAUUCUUCAGUUGGCGAAUGUCCUUUAAAUGUCCUGAAAGGAAAAAGAGAAACAGAUACGUCUUCGGGGAGUGACUGUGAAAGUGGAAAAGAGAACCACAGUAAAACGUCUAGAAGAACUAAGAUUACUAAUUAUAAAAAAGGCACCCCAUGUGUCAAGCAUCAUGGUAAAGGCAAACUUUCUGACAGUGGUACAGAGCAGAGUAACUCAAAAAACCCUAAACAUCCACACUCUAAGGAGGAUUUAAAAUCAUCUUCUGGAAAUUCUGAUUUAAGGGUGACCGGAAAAUCAUUUAGAAAAUCGGGAACACAAAAGACUAGAAUAAAUAAAAUGGAAAAUACAACCUCAAGAGAUGCAGAAGAGUCAACUUACAAGGCACUUGUUCAGGAACUGGAUCAAGAAAGGGAGAGGAGGUGGAAAGCUGAGCAAACUGAGAAGAGACUCUCUGAUCAUAUCAAAGAACUGCAGAAACAAGCAAGAGAAGAAAAGGAUCUUCACAGUAUCACUGCGACCACCACAGAUAGGCUAAAGGAAUUGGUUUUUAAGGAAAGAAAUGCCAAAAUAAGAUUGCAAGCCAUCAUCCAAAAAUUUCAAAAUGCAUCUGAGAAACUUACUAAUGAGUUAAAUCAGUCAAGGCUGAAAGAGGAGGAACAACAGAGAAUCCUAAGGAAUUUGGAAGAAAAACUGUCAAAGAUGGAGACACAGAGAGUACAGCAACAAGCUUCUGAGAUGAAACGGGUUCAAGAAUUGGAGCUUAAAGCUUCGGCUACUGAGAGAGAAUUGCAGAUUCUUAGAGUAUCUCUCCGUCAACAGAAAGAGAAGGUGCAACAGCUUCACGAAAUUCUAGCGUUAAAAGAACAAGAACACAGGAAAGAACUUGAAUCAAGAGUGACUUUGAAUGGAUCUGAUUUCAAGGAUGCUUUGGCCAAAGAAAUUGCUAAAGAAGAGAAAAGGCAUGAGCAGCAUGUGCAAGAAUUUCAACAGAAGAUUAAUACUUUGAAUCAGCAGUACCUGGAACUAGAAAAUGAAUUUCGUAUUGCCUUAACUAUUGAAGCUAAAAGAUUUAAAGAGGUUAAGGAUGGUUUUGAAAAUGUUGCGACUGAGUUAGCAAAGAAUAAACAUGCUCUUGCCCAGGCCCAGCAAAAAGAGAAGCAGACCUCUACUUUAAUUCAAGAUCUGACCUCUUUAGUGAAAGAACAAAAAGCAAAGAUUGCUGAAGUUUCCCAGUCAAAGCUGGAAGCUACAUCGAAUUUAAAGAAACGAAUUCAAACCCUUGAAACUAUGGUUGAGGAGGACAAGGAGAAGACUAUUCAAGUAGAACUUCUUAAGCAAGAAAAAUCACAACUUAUCUCACAACUGACAGCUCAAGAGUCAAUAAUCGAUGGUUUAAGAGCAGAAAGAAAGCUAUGGGGUCAAGAGCUGGCACAACAGGGUGCUUCUCUAGCUCAAGAUCGUGGAAAAUUAGAGGCCAAGAUUGAAGUUUUAUCUAUGGAUAAUGAGUCUCUACGAAAGCAAAAUGAAAGGAACAAUGAUGCUUUAAGAAUUAAAACCAAAAUUGUGGAUGAUCAAACUGAAACUAUUAGGAAACUAAAAGAAGGCUUACAGGAGAGAGAGGAACGUCUCAGAAGACUCCAGGAUGAAACCAACAAGACUCAGAAAGCUGCUCAAGAACAACUGGAUGGAAAGACCGCAGAACUGGAAGAACUGAUGGAGAAACUGGAAAGGCACCGAGAAAGGAAAGAGGAACUGAAACAACAGUUGCGAGAGAAGGAAGAGGAACUUGAAGAAAUUACAAAAUCUUACAGUGCAAUGAAUAAGAAGUGGCAAGAGAAAGGAGACCUGCUACAUCAGCUUGAGGUACAAGUUAAACAAAUGAAAGAAAAGUUUGAUGCUAAGGAAAAGAAACUCAUUGAAGAAAGAGACAAAAAUCUUCAAGCUCAAAAAGCCACACUGGAAAAACUUCAUUCUAUGGACAAUGCUUUUAGAAGGCAGCUGGACUCAAUGGUUACAGCUCAUCAAGUAGAACUUGUACAACUUGCAAGUGAAAAGCAAAAGCAAAUUGAAGCUUCAAAUGAAAAGGUGUAUGAGGUUGAAGAAGAAAUGAGGCAGCUUCUACAAGAAACAGCCAUCAAUAAAAGAGCCAUGGAGGAAAAAAUGAAGCGACUGACUUGUGCUUUAAAUGACAUUCAGCAAGAGUUCUGAGAGGACAACAGUUCUCUCAUAAGAAUAGUCAGGCAACUUGAUGGAAAAUGCUAUGUCAGCCACUCUGUUGUAAUUUUAGCCUGUAUUGCUGUGUAUAUUCAUGGAUAAUAAAAUACAUCUUCUCUUUUAGUUUGAAUAUAGUGUAUGGAGUUUAUCAUGUAUUGAUCAGGGAUUAAAGAUGUGUACAGUAUUUUCUUAAUUUAUUUAUCCUUAUGUAAUAGAAUAAAUGGUCAAAAAUAUUUAAUAAAAGGCACUUUUGUAAUGUU